AUGAAGGGCGCCUACAUCUUCAUCUAUUUUCUCACAAUCUCUCAAACCCUCUCUUUAGCUUUGGCCACCUUGGAAGACACUUGCAAGAAAGUAGCCGGAAGUGACUUCAAAUUUUGCGUGACGUCUCUCCAAGCUAUUCCCAGUAGCCAAGCCGCGGAUGCGAAGGGUCUCGCGCUCAUAGCAACGAACUUGACGAUUGCCAACUACACUCACAACUUAGCCAAAGUAAGAGAGCUUAUGAGUAGUGCUCAAGAGAGAUUAAUAUCAUCUCCUCAAGUUGAGGUAGCGCUAAACUCUUGCUUGGCUAGUUACGCUGUGGGGGUCUCUGAUUUGAUGUCGGCUAAUGCAAAGAUUGAAGCUGUUGAUAUUGAUGGUGCUCUGGUUAAUCUAAGUGAGGCCUGGAAGAGGCCUAUUGAGUGUGAAGAUGCUUUCAAGAAGAGUGGGAUGGGGUCUUUGUUGGUAAAAGAGGAUGGUUUUGCUUCUAGAUUGGUUACUCUUGCUUUGAAAAUCACUGUUUUGAUUAUAUCGUGA